AUGGACAACCAACAACAGAGCCUGCAAAAGCACAGGCAGCGCCGUGAGGCCGAAAGAGAGCGCAAGCGAGCCCUUCGAGCUUGCGAUGGCUGCCGACGCCAAAAGGAGAAGUGUGAUGGCGGCGUCCCGUGCCGAAGAUGCACACGCCUGCAUCGCCAAUGCGAGUUCCUAGGUCCUACCGCGCGAGAUGCUGACGGCGGUGACGGUUCCGCAAGGAACCGGUCUGGCGCAAGCAACGCCGAGCUUCUCCAGCGCAUUGCCCACAUGGAAAAGAUCAUUACACACUAUGCCGGCAACAUCCCCCUCGACCCCGAAUCGAUCAAGGCCAUGGCCGAGGCUGUCGACAACAAGAACCCUGACAUAGCACAAGUCCACCGACAGGCGCCCGUUGUGGGAUCACCGGGCUCCGACUACUUGGGCGUGGAUGAUGAGAACUAUACAGUCCAGCCCCUGGACAACAACACCACUCAUUAUUCGGGCGAGUUCUCCCAUUGGAACUUUUCGAUGCGAAUAAAACAGUGGAUCGAGCAGUGUGUGCCAGACCGCCACGAUGCACCGGGUACUCUCAGUUUCAAGGAGUAUUACCGAGCCGAGGAGCUUCAAUCGUCUACCAACACUCAAACAUCUCUCUCAGCGCUACCGCCUCGAUACGUUGCCGAAUUUCUAGUCCAGGCAUUCUACAAGCAUGCCGAAACCAACUAUUUCUACGUCGAAAGGGCGUGGCUCGCCGAGCAACUUGAUCUAAUUUACCAGAACCCCGGGGCCAUGUCCCGUCGUGAAGUCGGCACGCUCUGCAUGAUUUGGAUCAUCUUUGCCAUCGGCACCCAGUACGCCUACUUGGAUUCUCGCACAGGGAGAGAUGACCACGGAAAGGGGGCCGAUUCGAGCCCAUUCUCAGAGGACACCAUCGGCGUCAUGUUCUAUCAGCAAGCAUGCAAGCUCGUUCCCGACGUCAUCACGGUGGCCUCGCUCGAGAGUGUUCAGGCCAUUCUCCUUAUUGGCAUUUACACUCUGCCCCUGGAUGCCUCAGGGCUGUCGUACAUCUACCUCAACCUCGCGGUCAAACUGGCUAUCCAGAAUGGUAUGCACAGGAAGUGGCCGGCCGAGGGGCUUGACCCCUACGUCCGUGAGACGAGGAAUCGCGUGUGGUGGACGGCCUAUACAACCGAGAAGAGAGUUGGGAUCUAUCACGGACGACCUCUGUCCAUCCAGAGCAAGGAUGUGGAUGCGGAGAUGCCUGCAGAUCGACCCGACAUCAUGCCAUCCAACCCCGCCAAUGUCGCGCACAUGCUCGCGACGCUGCGGCUGAAUCAGGCCCUUGGAAAGAUCGCACACGAGAUAUCAGUGCUUCGAACAUCCCAGAAGCAUGAGAUUAACGAAGGUCUGCAGCGGGUUAUCGACAUGAAGGAGGAGCUUCGGAAGUGGUGGGAUUCACUCCCGGAGACGGCAUUCCGCAAGGAGAUCAACCUGCAGAACCCAAUCUCGCGCGCUGACAUGCAUCUGAAGCUGGAGUACUGUCUUCUACGCAUGUAUGCUGGGAGGCCCUUCAUCUUCCCCCGUGAGGCCAUCCGGGGUAACGCAAGUACCUCGAGUUCGCCGGCCGACUCGAACAACCAACGACCCAACACCCCCCACAAGUCGAACCCCCGUUCCAUCCUGGUUGCAGACUGCGUCGAAGCUGCGUUGACCAUCGUGGAGACGUGUCACUUGCUGCAGACCACCAUCGGCCUUGCACGUGCAUCGUACACCGAGUUCAGCUCUUGUCGGGCUGCCCUGCUCGUCAUCAUCACCCAAUGCCUGCAGAAGAAGACCGACAGGCUGCGCGAUGGUCUCCGCACCGGUAUGGCCAUGAUCAAGGAGAUGUCGGCCGGCGGCGAGUCGGCCCGCUCUGAGGCGUCCUUGAUUGAAGUCUUUGAGCGAGCCAUCUCGCGACUGGACGCUACUGCUGAUCCCUCGGGUAGGGAGACAGACUACUCGAGGUUCAAGAAGUGGGAGCUCCUGUGGAAGAACGACGUGCCCGCCCAAGAGAUUAGGCACGAAUCUUCACCCGAGGCCUCCAUGCCGCUGCCUCCCAACCCCAAUGCAUUCUGGAGGGGAACAGGCAGCACAACUCGCCCAGGCAUGCCGGCCAUGCACGCAGCCAGCCCCUUUAUGGGGAUGGACGCGACCUUCCCAUCUGUGCCGCAGGUCAUGGAUGAGUUCUCCACCCUGUUUGGAUACGGCUUUGGUCCUAGCCCUGAAAGCAUGGCUGGCACCGCCAACGGGGGCAUGUGGAUGGGACCUUGA